AAGUAGCAGUGGUGCAAGGUUUGCUGCUGCUACUUGUCCCUGGGGAACCAAACGUCCACUCUUGUCUGGAUGCAGCACCUGAGAGUACUGUACUGUUCUGGUUAUCUUUUUCCUUGAAUAAAUUUCAGAAGUGACUAAAUCUGCUUGUGACCACAAUAGCUGGGAUGUUGUAGACCUUUCCCAGGGAAAUGCUCUUCAGAAUACCAUCCACACUUGGAAACUUUGUACUGAUCCCAGCCUGUUGAGAUUUUUGCUGAGGAGCUAAAUGUGAGUGGACAACAUGGAUGGAGUUCAACAUUUCCCCAAGAGCCUUCCACCUGCCAUGGGACUUAAGAGUAAAUGUCAAGUUGAUAAAGACCUCAACAUUGACCUUCAGAACAAACAAGGAGAUGAAACUCAGAUGUGAUUAUCCUCUGAGCGAUUCUGUCACCCACAUUGUAGCAGAGAACAAUUCUUGUGGUGAGGUUCUGCAGUGGCUAAGAGGACAGAAGGUGAGGGACAGUUCAAGAUUUGAACUUCUUGACAUCUCUUGGUUCACAGCCUGCAUGGAAGCUGGAAAGCCAGUGGAUUCUGAGAUCAAACAUCGACUUAUUGUGCAACAAGAUUGUUCUGCUACUUCAGAGACAUGUGUAUCAGAAGCUUCAUCAUUUGCUGCAGACAGAGUUUCUCAAUAUGCAUGUCAGAGGAGGACAACUCUAAAUAAUCACAACAAAAAGUUCACGGAUGCUUUUGAGAUACUGGCUGAAAAUUUUGAGUUCCGAGAAAACAAACUAGGUUGUCUGGAAUUCUUGAGAGCAGCUUCCGUGCUGAAAUUCCUUCCAUUUCCAAUAGUACAAAUGAAGAAUAUAGAAGGACUGCCUUGCAUGGGAGACAAAGUCAGAUGUGUCAUUGAGGAAAUAAUAGAAGAAGGAGAGAGUUUUCAAGCUAAAGAAAUAUUAAAUGAUGAACGAUACAAAUCAUUCAAAUUGUUUACUUCUGUGUUUGGAGUGGGGUUGAAGACUACUGAAAAAUGGUACAGAAUGGGUUUUCGAACUCUGGAAGAAGUAAAAGCUGAGAAGACUCUGAAGUUGUCACGAAUGCAGAUAGCAGGGUUUCUCCACUAUGAAGACAUUGUUUCCUAUGUAUCUAAGGCUGAAGCAGAUGCAGUGAGCCUACUUAUCAAGGAUACUGUGUGCAUGUUUUCACCAGACGCUUUAGUGACCGUAACUGGUGGUUUCAGAAGGGGAAAGAAGACUGGCCAUGAUGUAGAUUUUUUAAUCACCAAUCCAGGACCAAAGGAAGAAAAAGAACUUUUACAUAAAGUGGUUGACUUAUGGGAAAAACAGGGCUUGCUUUUAUACUGUGAUGUCAUUGAAUCAACAUUUGAAAAGGAAAAACUGCCAAGUAGAAGAGUUGAUGCUUUGGAUCAUUUUCAGAAAUGCUUUGCAAUUUUAAAAUUACAUCAGCAAAGAACAGGCAACAGCAAUAGCAAUAUAUCCAAAGAAUCUGAUAAAGCAGAAGUCAAAGACUGGAAGGCAAUCCGGGUGGAUCUGGUCAUAAGCCCCUUUGAACAAUAUGCAUAUGCUCUGUUAGGUUGGACUGGCUCCAGGCAAUUUGAACGUGACUUACGAAGGUAUGCCUCUCGUGAAAGGAAGAUGAUGUUGGAUAACCAUGCCUUAUAUGAUAAGACUAAGAGGACAUUUCUCAAAGCUGAAAGUGAAGAAGAAAUUUUUGCCCAUCUUGGCUUGGAUUACAUUGAACCAUGGGAAAGAAAUGCCUAAACAGCGUUGCCUGUAUAACUUCAUCAGCACUUAGAACAUUGCCAGUGCCUGCUUGGCAUAGAGCUUGUAGACUUCACUGCUAUAGCAACUUUCUAAGGUGAGAGAGAGAGAUGCUUCAAAUAUCAGUGUGCCUUCACUGUUUAUCAAGAAAAUUAUGGAAAAAAAUUAGUUAGAAUUCAUUAUAGAUGCUAAUAUUUUAAGUGCUUGUAGAAAAUAAUAUGUAGGAGAUGAAAUUUCAUCACAAGUUUUGGACAAGUGUCAAGUUUGUGUGUUUUGAAUGUUCUUGGUCAUUGUGCUUGGUAGCUGUGCAAGAAUAGAUUGUGAAGUUUUAAUAAUAGGUUAGCCAAUCACUUGUUUAGGGUGGUUUAGAUGAGGAUAAUCCUGUCUUGAGUGGGGGGAAGAGGGCAGUUGGACUUAAUGACCACCUGAGGCUCUGUCCAGCCCUACUUUGUUUUGAUUCUGUGAAAUAAAAACCUUAUGUAAAAA